AUGGACCACCAAGGCCAGCUCAAUGACUUAUCGCUUUAUUUGCAGAGGCUGUGCAAGGCGGGGCUACUGAAAUUCACCAGCGAUUGGUCUAAGACCAAAGGGCUUUUGGGGCACCGAGUUGCAUGGUCUUUGCUCAACAUGUACAUCAUCAGUGCAGAGGUGAUCACAAAAGUGAUACCUCAUUCUGAUCCAGACAGACAACCUGACGAAGAGACAGGUCAAGUCUGGUACAGCUGGGUGGAAUUUUUGAAUGCUGGUAGGCCACAGAAACCGAAGGUUUUUCUGAGCCACUGGUGGGGAGGGCAUUUCAGAGACUUCAUGCAGGUGGUGGAGAACGUCCGCAAGGAUCGCUGUCUCGGCAUCCACGAUGGCAUCUGGAUCUGCACGUUUGCUUUGAAUCAAUUUGGUGAUGAUUUGGGUUCCUCUUUGGAUCGCUGCCCUUUUGUCAACGGCCUCACUCGCAGCGAACAUGUUUGUUUAGUCGUGGAUCGUCAAAUCGGCUCUCUGACUCGAACCUGGUGCGCGUUCGAGCUGCAGCUGAGCGCAGACGAGCAAAAGACUUUAGAUCUGUAUUCGCCCACUGGAAAGGUAGGCACCGAGGGAGGGGCAUCAUCCGUUGCCCUGCUGGAUGCAGUGGAGGCCUGGGACAUCCGCGACACGGACACCAGCAAUGCGGCGGACCGACGGCAGAUCUUCAAUCGCAUUGCCGGAGUCGAUGAACUCAGUGGCAUCCAGAAGGACCCUGAGGGCAGGCCGCUGAUGGACCGGGGCAAGAAAAAGCUGGAAGACAAUCUCCUUGACCCUGCAGGGCGCUUGCGAUCACGCACCAAGAGCAAAGGCAAAGUGGAGUAUGCCCACGAGGCUCGCCUCGUGCAUGAGCAGUGCAGCAAGUUUGAGGCGAUCAACAGCUUGGUUCGAGGAAAGGUGAAGGAGAGCUUUGCGCAGCAACACGAGUGUAGAGGUUGUCGCAUCCGAGACCAUACCCUUCGAGGCAUUCCACUGGGACAACUCAAAAAAUUCUUCCGUCAGGCAAUGCGUGAAUUGCGCGGACAAUGGAAAGAUCUGACUGUUCAAAAAUUGGAAGACUAUGUGAACUUCAAGCUGUCGCCGAAGAUUGACGGAGUGAAGUGUUCCUAUGUGGAGACGGUGGUAGAGAAGCCAAUGCCUCCAACGGUGUACCUGGCCUUCGCCUCGGACGGCAACGUGCCGGAGCUGGUGAAGGGCGUGGAGUGGCUCGCGGAGGCACGGGAGUUGGAUGACGACACCGCCUUUUUCUUUGAGAUUUUGUGCCUCAGCGAGGAUGAAAUGACUAGCAUCAAUACCUAUAGCUACCAUAAGGUUGCAUCUUCUGAAAGUCAAGGUAUCCUGGUAGCCCACGGUUGCGAUCGAGCCUGGGUCUUGUGUGAUUUGGCCUAUUUUUUGCGUGAGGACAAAUUUGUGGAUCUUGGGUGCCCCAAUGGAGUGCUCGCAUGCACUCGUCCCUUCCGCGACAACGGCUUUGAGUAUGGCCAGUUCUGUAAGACCGAACUGCAGAAUAUCUUGAAGCUAAGGUGCGAAAGUGUGUAUCGUGGCCAUUGCUCGGAAGCAGAGUUUGAGUAUGUCAAGCGAUGUAUUGCAGAAUGUUUUCCAAAUGCUCCGACACCUCAAGAGGCCUACACCUUGUUCGAAGACGCCUUGAAACAAUUUGCCUGCGGCCCUUUGAUGCGCAGUGCAGCUUUCCACGGCGAUGGCCAUUUCAUGCGGAAAUGGUGUGGUGCUCCAGGGAUGCUCAUCAGCAACAAGAGCUUCCGCGGCAGCAUGGGUGAAAUGCCCGUGCACAUCGCUGCGGCAUCGGGUAACGUCGAGGCACUUCGAACCUGUCUCGAUCUGAAAGCGGAUCCGAACACCGAAGAUACCAUGCGAGAGCGGCCACUGCACUACGCUGCGCUUGCCGGCAGUGCGCCUGCUGUACAGGUCCUUUUGCGAGCCAAUGCAGACCCAACUGUUCGUUCUGCCUUUCUGGAAACACCACUGGAUGUGGCGAGGGAGAACGCCGCAGCGUAUUUGAAUGUAAACACAGAGAAGAUCAUCCAGCUGCUGGGCAGUGCCGAAGCCUUGGAGCGGGACCUGGCACAGGUGCUGCCGGUGAAGGAGGGAGCUCUGGAAGAGACUGCUUGCUUUUGGAGCAUGUCGGAGGAGGGUUGGACCCAGACCAAAUCACUUCGAAGCUUCGCAGCGACAUUCGGAGCCACAGCGGCCGGAAAUUCUCCGACUGGUAUCUGGAGCUCCGUGCACCAAGUCUUUCAGAAAAUGUCUCGGGAGGAUGGGACGAUGCCAACCUCUGACUUGAUCGACUUGCUGAGCCGGCUGUUGAACGAGGACGCGACAAGCUUGGUGCAAACCUUCGUGAAGGGCAAGGAUGUACAUAUCAAGGACUUUUUGGAUCUCAUCGCCGGUGACCCUUAG